CUCUACCUUUUAACCAUCAUAUCCAUCCAAUCCCCUCCACUCCCACCUCUCCCCCCUCCACCGCUUCCACCGCAACCUCCGCACCGACGAUGGCCGCCGCUUCCCCCGCCGUCUUGUCCCUCGCCGCCGGCGCCACCUCCAGGCGCCACGCCGGCGGCCUCUCUCCGGCCAGCAUCUCCUUCCAAGGCCUCAGGCCCCUCGCCAACAGGGCCACCAGGGCUUCCUCCUCCUCCUCCGCCGCCGCGGCUGCGCCGAGGAGGUCGGGGGCGGUAAGGGCGGAGCUGAGCGCGCCGGUGGUGAUAAGCCUGAGCACGGGGCUGUCGCUGUUCCUGGGGAGGUUCGUGUUCUUCAACUUCCAGAGGGAGAACGUGGCGAAGCAGGUGCCGGAGCAGAACGGGAAGACCCACUUCGAGGCCGGGGACGUGAGGGCCCAGGAGUACGUGAGCCUCCUCAAGUCCAACGACCCCGUCGGCUUCAACAUCGUCGACGUCCUCGCCUGGGGCUCCAUCGGCCACAUCGUCGCCUACUACAUCCUCGCCACCACCAGCAACGGCUACGACCCCAAGUUCUUCGGUUGACCCGAUCCUGAAAGUCGUCCAGAACCCCGUUGUCUGUAUAGCUCCUUCUCUCUUUUGUCAUCGGCUUGUAGUUGCUCUCUAAAUUAGCUCUGCUUUCUUCGACUCCCCCUCGUCGGUUCCUUCUGUCGAAUCCUCCGUGUGAAGGUCUGCCAUUCUUUUCCUGCGAUUCCGUUCUUGAUAUUAAGGUCCAGAAAUGAUUCCGUGAGUUGGAUCCUGAUUCGCUUUCGGAUCGAUUUUGUGCCGGCCAAGUAUGAAUUCACGAUGAGAUCAUCAGACAGGUUUUUGCGA